AUGUUCGUCAUGUGCCCCGCCUCUUCUCGUGUCUUUCCGCCCCCUGUAAAGUUGUCUGCCUAUUCUCGUUGUGUUGCUGUUGAUUUGUUUGUCGCGCUCUGUUCAAUCGUGUAAUAUUUCGUUUGUGACUCAUAUUGUUGUAGAUAGAGGCUUCCAAAGGCUCAAUACCGCUUUUUCGAUUCAGAACAUCUCAUCUUCACUAUGAAUUAAACUCGCCUGGAUCUCACGACCGACUUUAUCGCGAGUAUUCGAAACUAACCGAUUCUGAUCACUAAAUUCGCAGUCACUAGAUAUAGGGACUCUUAUAUUAUGUGAGUUGAUAACACGAAAGUAUUUCUAAACAUCAUUUUCAGCUUUUUUUUCAACGGUAUGAGGUUACCCUUGUUAUUUUCCGCGAGAGCAGCGAAGGAUCGAUUUUUUUUGUACCACGUUUUUUUUCUUCUCGCAGGGGCAACUGUCAUCAACGGCAUACAACAUGAUUCUGUAAGUUGAAGGCUCAAAAACUGAAAGUUUGUUUUUGAAUGAAAACUAGCUUUCCAAAACCCAUCCACAGGCUUAGAGAGUUCAUGCGUGAAGGCUUUCAAUACAUUUCUUCAAAUUUUACUUUCUCUGCGUAAACUCGUUGAACAUCCUGAUCAACUUCUAUCGUCUAGUGAUUCAGGUCUGCGACGACGGCAGUUCAGAAUGCCCUGAGCCCACACACACGGUCAUUCGCCUUGAAAAGCGCAACGACGAACUCGCGAGGGAAAUCGCAGCCCAACAUGACAUGCACGUGAAGGUUUCGUUCUUUUUUCUAAUUUUCAGUUUCCUUAUACCUAGUUUCAGUUUUCUCAGGAACUUAUGUGUGUAGUGGGAAUCGCCCAAUACUGCUCACUAUUUUUGAUAUCAGGAAGCAAAAUGUCAAUGUUAAAACUGACAUUUAAGGCAAUUUUGAUUCAAAUCGUUUUGAAUUUUUUUUGUUUUAUACGGCCGUUGUUUUGAUGUAAACUUUUCGGAAUUCAAAAAAAGGAUUGUUGAAAAAAAGUUCAAAAGAAAAAAACAAAAAAAGAACUUUUUUUCAAAACCAGGAACAAUUUUUUUGAAAGCAAAAAUUUUUGGCAAUCGAAAAAAAGAUUUAUAUUUCGCAAGCUUUAAUGCUGUAAAUCUUCCACCUCUUUAGGAAUCUCGUUCAUUGUCAGGUUUGAAGAGAAAGAAACAAUUUUCAAACAAAAAUCAUAUUUAGAUCCCUUAAAUUCGCCAAUUUAUUCAUUCCACAUGUACAUAAUAUCUAGAAACAUGAUGUUUUCAAACCGAACAAAUAUUUUUCUUUGAUUCGCUUCAGUCGUCCAAAUCCUAUAAUUUAUAUAAGUGCGGAGAAAUAUACGUUUGUUUUCACGAAGAGCGAAAGUGUAACAGAAAAGCCGCAAUCCAGUUACAGUUGCUUGCUUGAAAUCACUGCCAACCUCAUACGAGAACCGUUCCACUGCACCUUUUUUCAGAAAUUUCUAUUUUUUUAACCAUUUAAAGUAAGAUUAUUCGAAAAUUUAAGUUCGAAAGAAAGAAAUUAUUUGGAAACUUCAUGUUUAAGAUAUGACCGUGACCCGGAACUAGUAAGUGUACGAAGAGAGAAGGAUAUGUCUGAAGUUCUAGCUGCGAAAACUCUACUUUUCCGCUUUUUUCAUUAAAGUUCAAGCGAAAUUCUAGAUAUAAAUUAUUUUAAUUUGAUUUCUGUAGCUGCAUUCUUGAAUAUGUGGAGAAAGUGGAGGUAUGAAAAAAAUCCAGUGACUUUUCCGAUUUUCCCAUAUCGCUAGGGAACUUUUCGAUUGCGAAGUCUUCGAAUAAUCCUUUUCCUUCUUUUUUUCUCGAUAAACUCUACGUUUUGUACCUUCCUAUAUAGUAUAGGUAGUCGAAAGUUCGCUGGCUUUUUUCUACAUAAAACCCAGGAAAUAUAAAAUAAUGUAAACGGUUUUCCCCAGGCUAUUACCUUUACCUUUACUAUACCUUUACUACGGAGACGUGACUGAAUAACUUUUCAGGGCGAGCCUUUUAUGGAAAGCCAUUAUUUUUUGUACCACUCGGACGAGAAGAAGUCGCGCAGGCAUAAAAGAGCAAUUGUAGAACGGUUUGGCAUAUUUAAAUUUUCAAACUAUGUAUUUUCUCCAGACUUGAUUCUCAUCCCGCUGUCGAGUAUGUGGAAGAGCAAAGACCGCGGAAACGUGUAAAAAGAGAUUUUAUGCUUUCCGACGACGUGAGCUCCACCUUUUUCUCUCCAGAAACAAGAAAAUCUGCAGGAACCAACUCAUACGAUAUCCAGACGCUCUGCUGACGCCACUCGAUUUUUUCGCCAAGCGCCGCGUGACAUCCCCCGUUUGCCGUUCCCCGACCCUCUAUACAAAGAUCAGUGGUACUUGGUGAGUAUGUUCGGAGCAACCUCCAGACUUUGAGUCUUCCCGAGAAACUCUUUUCUGUUCUCAGCACGGAGGAGCCGUCGGUGGAUACGACAUGAACGUCCGCGCGGCGUGGCUGCAGGGAUACGCGGGAAGAAAUGUGUCCGUCUCGAUCCUCGACGAUGGCAUUCAAAGGUUUCCGUUCGUAGACCAACUAUCUCAAACCCCUCAACUCAGAGAUCACCCGGAUUUGGCUCAGAACUACGAUCCUCUCGCGUCGACAGACAUCAAUGAUCAUGAUGAUGAUCCAACUCCACAAAACAAUGGCGAUAACAAGUAUGACUUUUGAGAUUAGUUCACUGGGCUCAUUGUCACUUUCGAGGCACGGAACUCGAUGUGCAGGAGAAGUUGCAGCUCUCGCCGGAAACAACCAGUGUGGCGUUGGAGUUGCUUUCAAAGCGAAAAUCGGAGGAGUUCUCUUAACGCCGUUGAACUUUUCGUUACUUUGAUUUUCAAGGUGCGGAUGCUUGAUGGAGCGGUUUCUGACAGCGUGGAAGCGGCUUCUCUGUCGCUGAAUCAGGUUUGAGAAACAAAGAAAGAGGAAAAAAAAACGUGGGUUGCAGCAUCACAUCGACAUCUACUCGGCUAGUUGGGGUCCUGAGGAUGACGGCAAAACGUUCGACGGCCCAGGUCCCUUGGCUCGCGAAGCCUUCUAUCGUGGAAUCAAGAACGGUCGUGGCGGCAAAGGCAACAUCUUCGUCUGGGCCAGUGGAAACGGAGGAUCGAGGUACUUUUUUCUGAAUUUUUACCAGGACCCUUUUAGAGCAAGCUUAAUGCAAGCGUUCAAGUUGAUGAGAAAUACAUGGUUUGCCAAAAUUUAUUCAAAUAAAAAAAAAAUUUAACUUUGCGUUCUUCUAAUGAAUCUCGGACAUUGGGCGCCUGAAGAUCGCCACAACUCUUUCUCUAACACACACUAUUUCGUCCUUAUCUAGCUGCGAGAAAUUCAAGAAACAGUGUAGGUAAGAGAAAAAGCUGUGGCGAUCUUUUUACGCCCCAUGUCAGAGCAAUUUUGAUGCAAUUUCAAUUUUGUAAUUUCAAUUUUGACAAUAGUGAUAUGAUUCUUUCGCUAUUUCAUUGGAGGUGUGAGAACCCAAAAAAAAUAAAAUAAUCAAUCUUUUGAAUAAAUUUUUCUAGUUCUGAAUUGGGCUGCAAUAGCUAGAGGAGUUGUUAGAGAGUUUUUUUUUUCCAAAAGUUCUUUUUUAUCCCUGAUAAAGCGCUAAUAAUAAACUUGUAGGCAAGACUCGUGCUCGGCCGACGGCUACACGACUUCCGUUUACACGCUGAGCAUCUCUUCAGCGACCUACGACAAUCACAGACCCUGGUAUCUGGAAGAGUGCCCCUCGUCCAUCGCUACAACUUACAGUUCGGCCGACUUCCGACAGCCCGCCAUUGUUUGUAUUUUCGUCUUUUUUCUCCAAAUCCAUACUUCAUUUACAAUAGACCAGUUUGAAUCUCAAUGGUUUUAUAAUCUUCUGAGAAACCACAAUCAGAAACUUUCGGAAAAAAAGUGAAAAUAAUUUUAAAAAAUUUGGCUAUCCCCCCGCAACAUCGCCGUAUACCAACGCAAAGUUGCGAAAAUAGAGUGAUUGAUUGAUAAAAAAAACACAUAAGUUUAGAAAGAAAAAACUCAUCGAUUUCUAAAUAAUUUAUUUUUUAAUAUUGACCGAAUAAACUUGGUAGAAACCUAGUGUGAAGCGGAUCUGAAUCAAAAAUUUUUUCAUCUGAUUUUGUCAUUCAAAUAAUUAAAUAAUUAUUUUCAAACCCCAUUUUUUUUUUUGUUGAUCAUGUUUUCAAAAACGUAUAUAAAUGCCAUUUUAAAAGUAAUUCCCGCAAAAUGCAAUAUUAACUCUGACUCUCCAAAAUCUAGUUAUCUUUUUCUUUCUCUGACGUCUAUUUUGAAUUUCACGGAAUCACUUUGAACACAACAAAAAAAGCUUCGAAGUCCCUUCGCUCAUGUUCUUUUUUUCUCAUUCUUGGGGUUGUUUUUCAGGUCACUGUGGAUGUCCCCUCAGGAUGCACUGACAAGCACACGGGUACCUCGGCUUCGGCUCCACUCGCAGCCGGAAUCAUUGCACUCGCUUUGGAAGCCAAGUUUGUCGAAGGUGGUCGAGUUCUCAGAAGUUUUCGGUCGGUUUCAGUCCGGAACUUACUUGGCGAGACAUGCAGCACAUUGUGUUGCGUACUGCCAACUGGAAGCCACUCGAAAAUAAUCCCGGGUGGUCGAGAAACGGCGUCGGUCGCAUGGUCAGCAACAAGUGAGCUCCUUUUUUGCAAAAGUUGAUUGAAAGUGCGAAAAACUGUCCAUUUUUUUUCUGCUACUUUCUUGAAAAACUGCCAAAGAAAAUGAAUUCAAAAUUUGGGAUUUUUGAAGCCCGAAAGUUUUCAAAAAGUGUCUCAUACUCAUACGUAAGCAAUUGCAAAACUCAACUGAGGAGUUGACUUUCAAAAAUUUUGAAAAACUAGAUAUAAAAAUUAUUUCAAGCCCAGAGAGGAGGUGUCGACCCAUAGAUGGGCAAGUGCGAAGCUUGUUAUGCCCGGGAGAAGGGUUAGCUUACAAAAUUUUCGGAAAUUUAAGAAUCAAAUCAAGUUUCAACCUCAGGGAGGUAGCUUUGACCAUAAUAGUACAAGUUUUGGCCUCAGGGGGUAGGAAUAAGUUUAAUUUAUGAAAAAUUGGGAGGAAGGGUUGGCUGACUUUCAAAAUGGCCUGCCCAUGUAUGGUGUCGACAAAAAUAAACUUACUUUUAACUUUGGGAGGCAGCCUUGACUCAAAUUUGUUUGUGAGAAUUCGGGAGAAGGGGUUGACAGCCUUAAAAAAUGGUCUGCUCAUGUAUUUUGUUACGUUUUGAUUAUCAGUGUACCAUCCUAGAUUCGGUUAUGGAUUGAUUGACGGAGGAGCAUUGGUCAACAUGGCGAAAGUGUGGAAGACGGUUCCUGAACAGCACAUUUGUACUUAUGAGUACCGUCUCGCUCCGCCCAAGUGAGACGUCUUCUUUCUUUUUUGUCUUAACCCUCCCACUCUUCUAGUCCGCGACCCGUUUCUGGUCGGUUCCAGUUGAACUUCACUCUUGACGUCAACGGCUGCGAAUCAGGGACGCCGGUGAUUUAUCUGGAGCACGUGCAAGUGCACGCCACAGGUGUUCCCUCGAAACAAAAAAGUAUAACUUUUCCGGUUUUUAGUACGCUACUUGAAAAGAGGAGACUUGAAGUUGACGCUCUUUUCGCCUGCCGGAACUCGCUCCGUUUUGCUCCCACCUCGACCUCAGGUUUUCAUCCAAGAUUUCAAAUAUAAUCUCGCGCAAAGUCGGAAUGAUGGAUAAUGACUUCUAGAAGGGAGAAGCUCAAAAAAGGCAGUAAAAAGGGUUAUUUUAUCGAGCUGUACCAGCCCAGCGAUAGAAGAACCUUCGACCACGCCCCCGCGUGGGCGAAGGUUUCUCAGUUGGUGGGUUGCUGGUUCCGCGUGUCCCUUCUGUCUUUCCUCGACUCCUGCCUGCCUGUAUUUCCCUGUGUCAAGCAGCUGACAUCCCAAACAGGAAGGUCCAAUACGCCAACCUUUAGAAUUGUAUCUGGAGGGAGUCUCUAGACUCUAAAGGCGGACUUUUGGAAUAGAGCCAUUUUUAUCAAUUUUGAAUACUCAAGAAAUGGUGGAGAAAGGGAGAGGCAGCAAAAAUGGUGCAUAAGAGCCGGUGAAAAGGCGCAAAAAGGCAGCAGAAAUGAAGCCUUUGUUAGCUUGGUCAUUCUAAAAGGAAAAUUUCUAUGAAGCCUUUUUCGACCCUUUCCGACUUUGCCUAUGACAUGAGAGUAGAAGAAGAUAACAAUGUUAAAUAAAGAUACCAAAAACAGUGAUUAUUUUUCUUUCACAACUAUAAGAACAUGUAGCUUCAAGCAAAAAUACAACAAAAACGUUUGAUUUUCGUAUUUUCCUGCUUUUGUAGUUCUAUAGAGACUAUGUAUGUAUUUUUUUUUCUUUGAAAACAGAUUUUUUUCACUGUUUGUCAAAGUUUUUACACAAAGAAGUUGUUUCAAAGUUUGAAAUGUUAUCCACCAAAGAAGAAAUUCGCCUGUCGAAUGUCUCAGCGUUCAGGACUUCAACGCCAACGGCUUCCACAAAUGGCCUUUCCUAUCUGUGCAACAGUGGGGCGAAGAUCCGCGCGGGACUUGGCUCUUGAUGGUCGAGAGCGUCACCAACAACCCUGCCGCUACAGGUUUUUCAAAAAGAACAGAAAAAAAAAACCGAUUUUAAGCUGAAUUUUUUUUCAUUCUCAACGAAAGAUUAUUCUCAGCGUCCGAUUUAAGCAAAUCCUAGUUUUUCAAGAACCGAGUUUAUCAUAUAACGAAAGGGAAUUUCCAAUUUUAUUAUACCCUAUUACGUAAAAACGAUCUGAGAGAAUCCUUUGGUCUUUUUUGCAUGGUUUUGAAACCAUCCAGUCAUCUAUAUCAAACCGCAUAAGCUAGGGCGAAAAACAAGAGGCCGCAUCGAUGGCAAAAACAGAACGUGACUUGAAAGAAGAGAUUAGCAAUUUUUUUGUUUUGGAGCAGUUCAACGAACCCAAAACUUAAUUGACUAGUUGACUGAGCGGCACUGCUGCAGGCUCGUUCCACGACUGGACCCUGCUGCUCUACGGCACGGCCGAUCCGGCUCAGCCUGGUGAUCCGCUUCAUCCGCAGGCCCCUGCAGGACAGUCGGUCCUCUCGCGUGUACAGCAACUCACUAGCCAGGUGCGAGCAUAUUUUAGCUUGUUCUCUCCAGUCCCGGCUUUGCCGACAGCCGAAACCGUUUAGCUAAAUUUUUUUUCGGUCAACUCACUAGAAAAUUUGCUUCUACUAUGCAUUCAAUUGGUUUUUUUUUUAAUCAAAAAAUAUAACGUCAUUUCUACAAGUGACUGUUCAGUUUUUUCCACUACUGCUCUGCUUAUCAUUUGAAGUCGUUCGAAUAUCGCUAUGAAAAAAAAAAACAAAAAUUGUGCUGUAGGCCAGAACUCGUUUUCGAAACAAAACUCUUGUCUCAUAAAAUUGCUUGUGUGUGUGCUUUUUGUGUGGGAAUGUGUGAGCUUUCAAUGUUUUCCGCGUUUGUUUUUGCUUCACACUUGUUUUCCCUUUCGGGUUAAGAGGUUGUCCCGCAACUGUAUUUGAUCCUCACGCUUUUGCUUUCAUGUGCCGUAUGUAUUACCGUUGCUUUUUUAUAAGUGUCGCUUCAAUGUUAUUUUGUCGAAUGUGCAGUCCAUUUGUGUAUCGUUUAGUUUUUUUGUUUUUCUCGCGAAUGAAGUCUACCAGUGGCGUGUGUUUGGUUCGAUGCGUUCUAUUCUUGAAAACCUGAAGUUUUACCUUCAAUCACAAACGUGGUAUCAAGGUCGGUUCCAUGGAUUUAACCGGGUGUACUUGAAAAAAUGUAUCUAGCUUUUUAUGAAAUCCGCUUUAAAGGUUUUCGGAUUGAUACUUUGUGUUAAAAAAUUGAAGUUUUUAUUACUGUAGGGAUGUUGAUUAGUUUGACAGUUUACGGUUAAUUUUUCUGCAAAUCCAGGGAAGAAAGUUUUCUUUUUCUCGUUGUUUCUCCGUCCUGUUCAGUUUUGUCCGUUUUCCCAGUUCUGAUUGUCCCGAAAGUCCGCAUCUUCUCCUAAAAGUUUCUAUGUUGAUAGAAGACACAAUUUGAGCCUUGGCCCACCACGAAACCAACUUGUAUUUUGUCUUCUUUAAUACGUCAAACGAGAGUUUUUCGGUAUUUGUCUCUUAUCGGGUUUUGGCGGUGUUGCAGAAAAAACGACGUCCGAUGGCGUUCUCAAGGGUUCGACAGAUGCCGAUUCCUGCGGCUCGCGGAUGGGUUCAGCCGGCUCCGUUCCGGGUUCCAGCGCCUCCGACUCUUCCAGUAGGCCAAUGGAUUUUCGACCCCGUGUCUCAGAGAUGGGUCUGGAACCGUCGUAAAUGGCGCCGUGACCACCGACAUCUGCAACAGCCGCCUUCUCCGCAUCAUAUGUCUUUAAGCUCCCUUCCUUGAUCUUUUUCUUUUCUUUUUUUCACGGGCUUCUCAAUAUGAAGUUUUCGACCCAAUUCUUGGGCUUCAGGGGGGUUGUUUGAAUUUUUAUUUCAAUACAUCUCAAUCUUCUUUUUGCAUUUCAUUCUUCUCCAAGCUGUAGUACAACUUAUGACGUAAGGAAAAUAGCGUUAAUUUGUUUUUGAAAGCAAAAAAGCCAUUCUAAAAAAUUUUUUUAGCUUCUUUCUGUUUGUAUAAUGUUUUGCAAAAAUCAGAGUUUGCAUUUCCAAAUAUUAAAAAAGUUAUUCAAUUUUUUCUGAACUGUCACUAGUUUUGCUAUAGCUUUCUCAAGUGUCCAAUUUCAUUGUUAACUUACAGAAAAUCUCUGGGUAGUUCGGAGUCGGUUUUCUUACAUUGGUUGCAUGUUGGAUCGUGGGCAUUCGUUGAUUUUUCUACUCCUCACGAUCUUUUCGCUUUACAAAUAUUCGGGAAACUUGCAUGUUGUUGAAAGGGAAAUGAGAAAUGUUUCCUUGUUGAAUUUUCAGUUUUUGUCUGCCUUUGAAGUCGUUUUGUGUCCUCGUGCAUGCUUUUCUUCCAAAAAAAAUAUUUUUCUCUAAAAAGUUAUACUAAUGUGUUGAGUUCAAUCUUAGUUCUCUGACAGGAGUUUGUAAGUGAGUCGUGCUAUUCUACAGAUCUCCUUCCCCAUGGCGGUAGUGGUGUUGCAAGUGGUAGCCGUUGUGGCAAUCUUAACCGCGGCCACAGUCACCAUCUGCCGUCGGCGAAGAAGGAGAGCCGCUGAAGACGUGCAGACUGCGACGACGACUUUGGCUACGACGACUCCGGUCUCUUCGCAAGCGAAUUUCUCCGAAACGGAAGCCUUACGGAUGGCCAUCAUCGAGAGCAAGCGCGAUGAGCUCGAGGCCGAUAUGAUACGCAAGGCGAUCGCUGAGGCUGACGCUCAGAGUGCCGUCGAGAAACAGCGCUUUUGAGGCUCCCGUUAGAAAAAUGGGAGUGCCAAGCUUGCUUGUUGUGUCAUUUUUCAGCAUCCUUCUAGUUAGCAAGUUUUUUUGGACCUUAGAUUGUAACUAAUUUCUGAAACCGAAUGUAGUGAUUACGUGGUUUUUUUUAAUCAGAACGUUUUACACUUUUGGUUUCGAAAAGUAUUUUCUCGCAUUCUAACGUUUGCUCAAUGAUAACAACGGGUUUCCCUGGAACAUGCAAUCGAUUGUGGAAAAUCUCUCUGUUUGCUACUUCUUUUUUUAUCAUUUCGACUAGUUCACAAAGCCUUCCCGCACAUUUUUCAUUCGUUCGUUCCUGUAGAAUAUCCUGAUUGAACCAUUUGAAUGAUGUCUAACCGUCGAAACUACUCACCCUCAAACCUAAUCUCAGAUAGUUUAUUUUUAAAGAAUAUGUAACGGAACAGUCAAAAGUUAUUUAGCCCGUAAAAACGACGUCGUCAUCAUGGUUAGAAAGCCUUGGCGCCGGGCCCGCACAGAUUAAUUCUGAUUUUAUGAAAAGCUUUUUCAAUUCAUACUUCAUGAAAAUGUUCGGGACCAAUAUUCCCUCGCUGUUUCAAAGCGAAGCUCGCAGACGGUGAAGCUAAUUCAAAUCGGUUCAUUCUCAUCGUUUUAUUUUCACAUUCUUUCUUGGUAUCGUUGUCGUGUAAUUUUAUGCUGUGCCUUUUUUCUUCAUUAAUCAUCUUCCUGUUCGUUCUGUCUUUGCGGUGUUGAGUUCCUCCUCCUUCUCGUAUUUCUGUCCGUUUUCAAGCAUACACGAAAUGGUAUGACCAGUCUCUGUUCCAGAAUAUACGUAGCUCGACACCCCGCAGAAAUAUUCGUUGGUAUCCCUAGAAAUAAGAAACAAUGUUUAUCUCAUAUACCAAAGCUUUAAGUCUUUUGUUGUAUUUUUGUUGUCAAUUUUUCGAAAAUCCGGUGUAUUUUCUCAUUUUAGUUCAUUAAUGAAUACGGAAUAUUAGCGUCGAUUUCUCACCUUUUCCAGAAUUCGAACUUUUUUCAAAUGAUCAAUUUUUCUCAGAAAAAGUUUACAGUAAAUUGUCUUCCGAUCGGCUUUCUUUCAAAGUAUAUCACGAUUUUCCUAAUAUAUUCUUGUUUUAUUUUUUUGAAUUGAUUCGUUUCGUGUAUCUGAGGUGCCUUCGUUCAUAAUUAUCUGUGAUUCUUUUUUUAGUUUUUAUAAAUAUGAACUGUGAUCCUGAACCACUUCUAGAAUCAAAUCUAUUAUUAUUAUUAUGCACCCAAGUUUUUUUUAACGCCUUUUCGCUCAUUUUUUUUUCAUUGAAUACAUGUCCAAUAAUAAUAAUUCGCGUUAUUGUUUUUGUAAAUACUCGUAAAACGACAAACUUGGAAAGGAAAUCGGAAAAAGAAAGACCAGGAAUGUUGGCUCCCCGCGCCUGACUUCACAUGACUGUAGUUUUGCUGUCGUGGUGUACUUUCCCUUUAUUUGAAGUCAUGACGUAUUGGCUUAUUGAAACGCGUCUUACCCUAAGAAAAAAAUCAGAAGAGAUUCAAGGGAUCAGUUGAAAUUUUUGUUGGUCUUGUUUGGUGAUGGAUGUGCUUGGUUAAGUGUGCUUGUCAAAUGACAAUAAAAAAUUGAACAGAGCAGUGGGGAAAAAACUGUUCGGACAUAUACUUGAAAGGAUUCAAAGCGCACUAAAAAAGCAAGGAAAAAAUUUUCGCGAAAAUCGUACCGAAAUAAAGAAAAUGGGAAAAUUUUGGCAAACGUUAUGAUUAAUACAAAAGAGUCCAAGUGCACCUGAAAAGAAAUUCUGAAAAAGGCUUUUUGAAGACCUUCCUAGCUCCCUUUUUGUGAAAUUUUUUCGGGAAAAGGUAUCAAAAAGGAGAUAGCUGAAAAAACGGCUAGAAACGAGAAUUAAAAGUUUUUUUUUUCAAGAAAGGUAAAGCCUUUUUACCUCUUAUAAACAAAAAAGAAGCGUUUUCUUCUCGAGGGGCUCGAAAAGCGUCGAAAAUUUUAUAUAGAUAGUGAGCUUUGUUCGGAGCAAUAAAAAAAAUCAAAAUAAAAUUUUUUUUUGCGGAACCAAGUAUCACAAGACAGUGAAGUUUAUUUUUCGACAGGAGCGUUUUUUUCAAAAAUAGAAAUCUUAAAAGUUCUGUUUAAAUUUUUUUAUAAUUUUUGAGAGAAAAAAAGCACAUUUUUUUAACUUCGGAAAACUAACUGGGAAACGUUUAUAAUUAUUUUUAAAAGGCAUUUUUCCAAAUUUUUUUCAACUUUUUGAAAAAUUGGCUGGAAAAAAAGUGAAAAGGCGAAAAUUCUCAUAAAAAAAAUCGGAAUUGAGGAAUGUAGAGCUUUUUAACGGGAUCAAAAAAUGCUUUGAAUUGCUUACAGACAGAAGAGUCAGUUCCCCUGUCAUUCAGCGACUUGACCUCUGCCGGCAACUGUCACGAGGAAUGUAACGGAGGUACUGUAGACCGUAAAAGGGUGUGACUCAGCCGUUAUCCACAGGCUGUUCGGAGCCUCAGGCGGCGACCACGUGUUUCUCCUGCAAACACCUGACGCAGACCCUCAGGAACAAGGCCGGCAGCGGAUUCAAGUUGGUCGAUGAACUCGAAACUCAUGAACAACAGAAAUCUUCAGAUGCGUCACCCAUUGCGACGAUACCUACUACUUGGAAGGGGACAAGUGCAAAAUGUGCUCUUCUCAUUGCCAUACUUGUUCUCAGGCUGAGGUUUUUUCAAGAACUUCUCGUUGAAAAAAAUGGAGGGAGAAAUAGAGUUUCAAGAAGUUCUUAACUGUUAAAAUGGUAUAUUCAUAUCUUACAAGAUGGAGCAUACUAGAGAGUUCAAUCAGACCAGGAGGAGGCUUUGACUUACUAAAUCCAAGAAAUAAAUUUAAAAAAUGGCGGCUUUAAUGGGGCACCUAAAGCUUGCAAAAAAGGUCCCUAUAGAGGUUUUAGUUAGGGGCCCCUAUAGAGCAAAUACUUGUCGAGAAUUUUUAUGAACAUGUGAAGAAGGAUUUCCAUACGAAAAAAUAAAGUAACCUUUUUUGAAUAAAUUUGAAAAACCCCUAUAGGGAUUACUUAAGUUUUUAGGGGAUAAGGGGUCAAACCCUAAGCCUCUAUAGAGACCACCCUAAUUUUACCCCUUUACGGAUGACUUUUUCGGCCUCUAUAGGAGCUGUUUUUUCCCCUAACCCCUAGGGACCACUAAAAAGUUCCUAAGUUUUCUCGAAAAUAAAAAAAUCCUUAAACUCGCUAAUAACAUUGAUCCGGCUUUUCCUGAUGUAAUUUUUUUCUACUCCUACGGCCUAGAAGACUUUUUUCCUUUCAUAUUUAUUAUUCGCAGUUUCUCACUCAGUUUCUGGUCGUUCCAUAGUUAUUUUGUAGAUUUGUGAGACAUGUCCUGGCUCCCAGCUGCUCAUCGACGUCGUGGAUUUCCCGCAUUUCGACCACGGAAAAUGUGUCGACGCUUGCCCUGCAGGCCUGGUUGCCGAUUGUGCGUGUCUAGUCAUAUUACAGUUGAAGAAGCACUUUUUUUCAACUUCAAAUGCUCAAUCCAUAUUCUCAUGAAUCAACUUUGCAGACGAAUCGAACUUGGUCCAAGCGCGGUGUAUCUGGAAAAGAGACCUUUGCGGAGAAGGUUACUACAUCAACGCGGUCGGCAAGUGCGACCAGUGCGACCCCGCCUGCACCAAUUGCACGGCUCCUGGUACUUUUCCUCUGAAUGCUUCCUCCACUUGACCUAUUCGUUAAGGUCCCAUGAGUUGCGAUUUGUGUGCCAAGGGCUUCGGUAAGGGAGCCAUCGGGUACUGCAGACCCUGCUGCAAGCCUGGAAGUACUCCUGACUAUCACUGUGGUGAGUCUUUUCCUCCCGUCUUCUACUAGCCGAUGUAUUUCUCAGAAGAUUGCACAGUCACGAGAGGUUCGUCUUCUUCGUCGGGGUCAGCCAGUUCGACUUCUUUCCUCCGAAGUUUCUUCCUCUUCCUGGCGGUCAUCGUUUUCAUUUCCUGUCUCGUCUCAGUCAUUUGCUACUGUCUACGAGACGGAAGAAAUCAAGUCGAGUACGUUUUCUCUAGUUUCUUUCCUAAAUUGUUUUCAUUUAUAAAAAGCUUUUUCCAAUUAGUUCAAAUAUUGAAUUAAAUCUCCCUUGUCAAAAAAAAAAUCCAAUAAAUAUAAAAUAAUUGAUUAGAGCAUCCAAUACAGGCUUUUUUGGUUCUUCUUUUCAUUCAAAAAAAAAAAAAAAAAUUUAUUUUAAAAUGUGAAUUUUCCAGUUACACGCCACUUCCGCACUACAACUCGGCUAGUGAAAAGGUCAACCUGGGCUGCGAAUCGGAUGAUGAUGACGAACUUUUUGUUCGAGUCCCAAACAUUCAAGAAAUAUAG